AUGGCGUAUCGGAAUCUCGCAAACGACAUCGCUGAUAUGGUGAACGAACAAAAUGAAGCUUAUGUAGCUGUAGCAGGCAGUUCCAAUCUGCCAGAAAAUCCAUCAUCAGUUCCAGACAACAGUGGCAUACGUCCUAAUUCGUCGAAUAGCCAUGGGAAUAAUCAGGCGAAUAAUGAGGCGAAUUCCAACAAUGCUGAGGACGUAGAGAGGCUUGAUGGUCAUGAUGAAAUAUUUGAUCCAGCAGUGAGUGCGGAUUAUGAAUGUCCCAUAUGUAUGAUGGUAUUACGUAAUCCAGUCCAAACAACAUGUGGACAUCGCUUCUGCAGAGGAUGUAUCACGAGACAUGUGGCGUAAGUUUUAGACUACUUUCAUAUGAGAACAGACGAAUCGGGAGCCGUAUAUUAUACAGGUAUCUUAUUGGAUUCUUCUGAGCCCAGUAUGGCAAAAUAUUAAGUCGAGACUUCAAUAUUGGGCGAGACCGAAGGUCGAGCCUAAUAUUGAAGUCGAGUUUUAAGAGUUUUAUUAUAUCGAACAAAACAAUUCUAUAACAAAAUUUGUCAAUAAGCGAUAAAGUAAUACAGCGAGAAUAAUACAGCGACAACAUUAUUAAAUAUAUCGGCGGCGAAUUUUUAAAUAACUAUAAACAAAAAGUUAAUAAACUUGUUUUUACAAAUAUGUGUGUAUAAAUAAACUCAAUUCCAUGUAUGUUUAAAGGAAAUUUGACCUGAUUUUAACGAAAAAAAUAAUAUUACUAACCUCGAGGCUGUUGCAAACAAAAUGAAUUUCGCGAAGACAAGUUUUCCCGCGCUUUUAUAAUUUUAAACAAAACUGGUAGAAAAAAAAAACUGUAUUAAUGUCCCAAAUUCUUUACAUUAUUCUGCCAUAUCGCUUGUCGUAUGUUUAAAGUGCCUAUGCAACGAAUUUUUCACCUCAUUUUUUAUUGUUUUUCUAAAAAGUACUGCUGGAGUGAUGAAGAAUGACGUUUACAGUUUCGUCAUAUCUCAUCUCAAUCUCAAGUUAUCACACUUUCUAUAUUUUGAGUUGUGACGUCACACGUAUGAGUUGAGAUAAUGGCAAUAACAAGAAAGUAUGAUACCUUGGUGAGUAUUUAAUAAAAUUCAAUGAAACUUGGUACACUUAGUGGGUGCACUCAUAUGAAUAUUUUGGGUAGGUCAUGUGGUUGUCAUGGCAACACACUAGUCCCCAGUCUCUUCUCUUCCUUUCACAACUUUCCUCCCGUAGACCUCUUGCAGAGGAUGUUUACAUGUUAUAACUGUAGAAACUGAUCACAAUACCUACACGUAUUAUAGUAAUAAGCGAAAAUUGUAGAAAUUGCUAUUUAUUUCGUUGAAAACGGAUCAUAUAGAAAUUGGAAGAGAAGGGACUGGGGACGAGUGUGUUGCCAUAACAACCAUAUAAACAAGUCAAAUUGUUGACUUUGUUGCACCCACUAAGUGUACCAAGUUUCAUUAAAUUGUAUCAAAUACUCACCAAGAUAUCAUACUUUCUUGUUAUUGCCAUUAUCUCAACUCAUAUUUGUGACGUCACAACUCAAAAUAUACAAAGUACGAUAACUUGAGAAUGAGAUGAGAUAUGACGAAACUGUAAACGUCAUUCUUCAUCACUCCAGCAGUACUUUUUAGAAAAACAAUAAAAAAUGAGGUGAAAAUUUCGUUGCAUAGGCACUUUAAAAUGGACAAAACAUCUGAAAAGGGUUGAAAAACCAUGAAAAAGGCCACGAUUCGCAACUAUAUCCAAUAGGUUCCAGUCCAAUAUCGUAAAAUAUUGGAUCGGCACGUGACCCUCUCAACGAUUAUACUGAUUGGUUAAGUGCGCGUGAGUGUAUAAUAAAAGUCAUUUGUCCGGUUCACACGGUGUUUUCUCAACUAGUAUCCGUUUGGAUUCGUGUGAACAGAACCUUAGAUUGCAAUGUCCAAACGAAGUUUAGUAUCUCUUUAUAUUCCCUGCGUGAGUUUGUUAGUCUGCUAGUUUGUUCGGAAUCAUAAGCCUUGGUACUUAUUCAAUCUGCGCAUGCUCCAGGGCACUGCAGUGCAGCAUUAUGUCUGGUUGUUUGUUCGUGUUUCUAUCAACGGGUCUCUUCAAUUUAAAGGCAUGUCACUUGCACUGAAGUCCAACGUAUUAUUUUGGCAAUGCCAAAAAAUAAAUCACCAGGCCCCGACAAGAUACACAUGCGUAUCAUUAGAGACUGUUUGCCAGUUAUCUUGGGCCCUCUUACGCACAUUAUAAACUCUUCCGUGCUGACAGGCGUGUUCCCUAACGAAUGGAAAUUAUUAGAAGUAACACCGCUACAUAAAGAUGGUGAUAACGAAGUUGCCUCGAAUAACUGACCAAUCUCACUCUUAGAAAUAAUGUCAAACGUUUGUGAGAGAGUCGCUCUACAUCAGUUCAGCUCAUAUUUAACAACAAACCAUCGUUUAUCACCUCAUCAAAGCGGAAACAGGAAAGCCCACUCCACUGAGACUCUAAACAUUCUCGUAAGUGACACAAUGUUGGAAGCAAUCGAUAAAAAGAACGUAACAGCAGUAGUUUUAUUAGACAUGUCAAAAGCCUUUGACAGCCUAAGCCAUCCAAUUCUCCUUCUUAAAUUGAAAUGUGUCGGCGCUUCCUCGCAAGCUGUCGGAUGGUUUAAGAGCUAUUUGUCAGGUAGAAGACAAUAUGUACGUAUUGGAUCCACAGUGUCAUCCGUCCUUCCACUGUCUCAUGGCGUGCCACAGGGCACCAUCCUAUCACCAUUAUUGUUUUGUAUUUAUACAAAUGACAUUCCAGCGAUCCCACUAUCAAGAAAUAUCGACUCCUACGUCGACGACUCAAAACUUUUUUUGACGUUCAGUAUGAAAGACAAAAAACAAACAAUUGUCAAGUUGGAAAACGAUCUUCGCAGUGUAGCCAAAUGGUGUUUUGAACAUCAAUUGUUGAUUAACCCAAACAAAACUAAAUUCCUCCUUAUCGGUUCAAGACCCAUGUUACAGAACCUACCUACAAAUAUAUAUUUAAAUUUCUUGAAACAGACUAUGAACCCUGUAACGUCUGCCAAAGAUCUAGGAACUACAUUUAACUCAAUUUUAUCAUAUAAUGAGCACAUUUCUAAUUUAAUCAUCUUCAAACUUCAUCAUGUAUAAAAAUUGUGCCAAAUAAACCGAGUGAAGAACAGCUUUGAUGUUAAAACUUUGCAAUCAAUUGUCGAGAUGUUGGUGAUUAACAAAUUGACAUACGGUUCCACGAUUUGGUCAAAUACGUCGGCUAAGAACAUCGUGACUUGUUUUCACUGCUGCAGUUAAAUCGUCUUUUAAGUUAAGAUUAUGAGAAAACAUUUCUUUUACAAUAUUUUUAAGCUGUAUUUUUUCACUUUUAAGUGGCCGAUUAGGCCGAAUACAUGAGCAUUUAAAAUUCCGAAAUAUCACCAACUCGACCCGACUUGACCUCGUAGCUCAGUUGGCAGAGCAUUGGACUAGUAUCCCAAAGGUCGCGGAUUCGAUUCCAACCGUGGUCAAGCAAACUUAUCAGCUUGCCCGCGGUGUGGAUGCACACUCAGAGUAACAUCACAAACAUCAUAUUCACCUGAGUACAUAACACCAACAUAUCUUAGAAUACACUGAUAUCGGAGGAACUAGACUCAGUUCCGAAAAAUCACCAACUCGAACCGACUUGACCUCGUAGCUCAGUUGGCAGAGCAUUGGACUAGUAUCCCAAAGGUCGCGGAUUCGAUUCCAACCGUGGUCAAGCAAACUUAUCAGCUUGCCCGCGGUGUGGAUGCACACUCAGAGUAACAUCACAAACAUCAUAUUCACCUGAGUACAUAACACCAACAUAUCUUAGAAUACACUGAUAUCGGAGGAACUAGACUCAGUUCCGAAAAAUCACCAACUCGAACCGACUUGACCUCGUAGCUCAGUUGGCAGAGCAUUGGACUAGUAUCCCAAAGGUCGCGGGUUCGAUUCCCAGCGUGGUCAGGCAAACUUUUCAGUUGGCAGAGCAUUGGGCUAUAGUAUCAGUUGGCAGAGCUCAGUUGGCAGAGCAUUGGACUACUAGUGGACAAGUAAGCUCAGUUGGAAGAGCAUUGGAUUAGUAUCCCAAAGGUCGCGGGUUCGAUUCCCACCGUGGUCAGGCAAACGUUUCAGUUUACAGAGCGUUUUGCUAGUAUCAGUUGGCAGAGCUCAGUUGGCAGAGCAUUGGACUAGUAUCCCAAAUGUCGCGGGUUCGAUUCCAACCGUGGUCAGGCAAACUUUUCAGCUUGCCCGGUGUCAAAGUAACAUCACAAACAUAAAAAAUAUAGCUUGCUCGGUGUAAGUUUUAUACAUGUCAAAUAACUUUCCGACUUUCAGUCGCAUUUCUCUCAAAAUAUUGUCAAUCCUCGUGUACUUAGUAUUUCGUAUUCUGACUAUCGUUAGACUACUCUUUUCAAACGUUUUGGGCAGGUUUUUUAGUUUAAAAUUUGUUUCACUCCUCGGUUUUAGGCGCGAAAAUCAGAGCGGGCAGUUACGUUUCACAUGUAGCAGUUGUGAAAAGUUCAAAUUCUUUAGAGUUUGUUUUACACAUAAAAUAGAUUACCUGUAUAUAUGUUUGUUAGAUUACUGAUCAAAAGGUUUUAAUAUAAAAACUCAAGGCAUGUUCCAGUGUUUCAAACAUCCGAGGCAUCAAAAAGGAAAAAUGCUGAGCAAGUAUAUGUUUUAAUUUCUUGCAGAACAAAUGGACGCACGUGCCCCAUCGAUAAUCAAGAACUGGGCGAAAACGAGGUAUGUAUCGAGUAUUUAAAGGUCACGCCAGUCCACGCUUGUCUGCCAGUUUAUCCAAAAAUAGUAUUCAAGAAUUGUGCGUGUUUUGCAUUAAAAGCAUAAAAUUUGAUUCCCAUACACCUGCAAAAACAAUAAUUGUAGUGUGGGCAGAGGCGAACAGAUCAAUUGGAAUGCGUGGAGUCCAGUUGCGCAUUAACCGCAACAGCAGCUGAACUCUGACUGUGGCUCAGCUAGUUAGGGCGCUUCACCGGAAUCGCCGCAGGUUCGAAUCCUGACAGACGCCCUAUAAAGUUGUAUUUUUCGCAACUGCUCGUGAUUAGUUCUAAAAAUGUAUAUAAAUGUGCGUUCGAAUAUUCCAUAUACAUGAAACCCAUCUACUAUUAGUUCUGUCGAAGGAGAUCGAUGCCCAACAACAUGUCUUUCAAUGAAAAUGUUGCAUGGCGUGAAGCGAAGCGAUAUAACAUAAAUUCGGCAACGUCAUGCAACUUUUUCGUGGGGAAUUUUUUCCGCAAACAAAUUCGUCAAUGACAUCGGGCUUAAAGAGCGAAGAGCACACAUAAUCUGCUUGCGUCAAUUUGCGAUAACCAUCGCAUUGUUAAUCGUAUCCCUAAUGAAUCCAACAAGGCCCAGCAUGAUUAAGGUUAUUUUUGCGCAAAAAAAUGCUGUUAAACUAGACAAGUUUUGUAUAAAUUUAUGAAAUGAUAAGGUGCAACAGUACGAGGGACUGUAAGUUGUGUUUGUAUAACGUAUACAUUUAGAUUUUUAAAUGCGUGAAACCUUUUUUCUAACUUUGUUCUAGCUUUUGCUUAACCUUUAUUCUUAACUAAUGUUAUUUGUAAUGUUUUACAGUUAUAUCCAGAUAAUUUUGCAAAGAGAGAAAUAAAUCAGUUCCCUGUGAAAUGCCGCACUGUAAAGAACAACAAGGAAUGCCCGUGGACUGGUCCCUUGCUGAAUAUUGAGGUAACACUAACAUGGCCAGAAACGCUAAAAUGUCAAACUAUUAAUAGCUAAUUUCAGAACAAUUUUCCGCUGGCCAACCAGAUGUCGCCAUUUUAAAAUUGUCGAUUUAAUGAUAACUAAUGCAUUUUUAUAUGAAGCAUAUGAAUGAUGAAUGUUUAUAUAUACAAAUAAUGAAUUGAAUGUUUAUCAAAGAUGGAAUUUUCAUAGACAUUCAUUAUCUGUUUUAUUAGACACCAAAAUAGGUCACCAAAAUAUGACAUCAAACUACAGUAAUAUGUACAAUGUUCAAAUCAAUUUGAUAGAAGUCCCAAAAAUGUUUUAGUGAAGAGUUAAAAACAAUGACAUUCAUUUAACUUAACAUCAUAAGAAUAUUUUAAACUUGCCAUUUUGCUUCGCAAGAAUUAUCGAUUUUAUUUUAAUUCCAUGGGCCUAAAUUAGGCCGUUGGCUGUGUGGCCAAAAUGUGGCUAGAAAUCAAAUUCCGUCGCGGUGCUAAAAUAUUUUAACAGGAAUUAGCAGAAUAAACUACGCUGAUUUUAAAUAUCUUUGUUCCACGCGCCCAAACCCGCUGUUUUUUUUUCACAAUUUAAGGCUAAAGUUUGAUAUUUUUAUUCGCUGAGCGCCAUCUUGAAUUCCGCGGUAUCUUUGAUCUUUCGGCAUAAUUACUUGAAGUAUUCUAUGAAACGCGGGCUCAUAAACAACUCAAAUUCAUAUAUAUGGCUAGCAAAACUGUCUUUGCUUCGGAAUUUUUAUACAUUUUGAAGGUAAAUCUGGUGAAUUGUGUCACUUAACAUCUCACACAAGUUAAUACAACUGCAAAAAUCUAAAAAUAUUGUGAAAGGUAUGGGUUAAUUUGAAUGAGAAGCAGACUCAAAUCGCGACCAUCGCGACAAAUUGUUGCACAACGCAUCAAACAUUUAAACAUUGGUCAAAUACUUUACUUUAAUAUUGUACAUUAUUAAAUACCUUAUACACUGUACCUAAAUUUGCUAUAAGUAUACAGCUGGUACAUUAGCGGUCAUAGUUAACUGUUUAGAAGUUGAUAUUCGACAAAAGGUACUUAAAUUAAUAACAAAAUGAACUAAAAAGUAUUUACUCGAAGAUAUCAAUACAACGAAAUAUAAUAAAUACUAUUCGAUUAAAUAAGUUUUGCAUUUCUACAAUAGGAUAGCACAAAUUUCAUCAGCGGUGUUGCAUCAGCCAUCAGUAUUGUGCUAUACAAUUCUACAGGGAUGGAUCCAGCAUGAUUUGGUAGGGGGGGGGGAUGCUCUGCCAGCUCUAGUGCCGAGUUGUGUUGGUCAUGUGUGUCGCCCGCCCAUCAACUUGCUUCACUACUGCAAAGUCUUGCUUCACUACUGUAUUUGAAUUGUAAUAAUUGUUGUUCACAGUUGCUUAUCAUCAUGUUAUUACUCAAAUUACUGUAUCUCAUUUUAUCUCUAAUAAUAUUUUGCUUUAUCAUGAAAAAUACCACACCCACCCCCCUGCACCCCCUCUGCCCAGGGCUAUGGGUGAUGCACACACCUUCCCAGUAAAUCCAUCCCUGCAAUUCUACAAGUUUUCUUUCUCCAUAUCACUACCCAGAUCAUCUUCUGAAUCAUCUUCAAGGCUACCGCUUUCGCUGGACUCGUGUGGAAAAUUUGUGCAUCCAACACACUGGCACAUUUUAUCACACUGGUUGUUUGCCUUUUACAAGAGUAUCUUAAGGUUGAACAGCCUAGCUGUUUUACAUUUAGAGUUGCAAUUUUUGAGUAGCACAUCAGGAGCACAUUUCUUUGUCAUCCAUACCACAUCAAUAUUUCCUUCUUCAUCAAUCUUCCAUCCAUUAUCAGUUGGUGAAGGCGCAUUAAUUAUUGGAGUUGUUUCUCUUUUCCAUAUUACUGCCUGGUAAUGUUCUCGCUGGAUGUGUUGUAAGAGACAAUCCUCACUGAUUUGGAGGCAAUGCUGCAUUAGAAUCCUUAGCCCCAUAUAGCGUUCAUGUAAGUGACUCAAGGUUUUUCUGAAUGGAUUCAUCAACGUCAAAAUCCUCACCGAGACGCAUAAAUGAGAUGUUUCGUCAUUUAAAACAAAUUUUCAGGUUGAUAUCUUACUUCGAUCAUAAAACGAGCUCGUACAAUCAACCCUAGAAACGAUCUAGUUAUGUACAGGCUGUUGUAUUCUUACAAACUACAUGUGGCUACUAUACAUCUACCUCACUUUUAGCUAAAUCAUUAACGAAAUGGCAUCCUAAUUAUUAAUAUAAUGUAGCUAGUUAUUGCUUACCGGUAUAUACGUGAAAUUCAAUUAACGCUUUGCCUUGUUUCUCACCAAUCUGCUGUUAACACAUAUGACAUCUAUGAUACGAGUUUUCUCAUUCGCACCAGUCUCAAAAAAUAGUUCGCAUUGGAGAAUAUGGCAAAAAUAAAGGAUAAUAAUACGACGUCCGUAUCCGAGCUCUUUAUUACAAUACUUACAUUCCGAACGAAUGACCAACGUUUUAUACGUUUGGCAACAUUUGCUCCGAUCGUGCUUUGUUCGCCAUUCAAAUCAAUCCACUUUUUUCAAUAUUCACUAAUUUUAGCAAUUGUAUGAGGUGCUAACUUACACAAAUCGCCAGAUUUACCUUCAAAAUGAAUGAAAUAUUGCCGUUUGGGGAAUGGUAUUUUCGUGAUAUGGAGUAAAACCAUACUAGAAAGUCUCUAGGCCAGAGCAGGCUAAAGGAAAGGAAAGGGAAGGGUAAACAAUCUUCAGUGCUCGUCUUUGUAUUGAUUUGAUUAAAUUUGACAAACCAGCAGCGAGAAUAGACCAUGCUUGAGCAGCAUAUUCAACACGAAAUCGACUAGAUCGUAUGAUUGAACAGUAAAUAGAAACCAAAUCGUGCUGGCCAAUACCGGCUCUCUUUAAUUGUCGUAUAUAAUCUAGCUUGCUUUCUUCAUAAUAAAAUCCACACGAGGACUCCAUGGAAGGCCACGAGACAAAGUAAAGCCAAGCAAUUUGAAGGAAGGAAUGGAUUCAACCGGAAGGCCGGCCACGUAAAUCGAAUGUAUAAUAGAGGUAGAAUAUUACAAGAACGAUAUUAACAUUUCCUUACACUUUUUUUGGAUUAAGCCCUAUGCCCUUGCAGAAAAAAUUCACUAAUUUCAUCCACAACGAUUGGUGAAUAUACUUGGCUAGCAGCGAGGAAUUAUUUCUGGUUGUAUCAUUUACAAAUUUAAUUCUGCUUCAUCAGCUUUUUAGUGGAGGGUUGAUUAAAAUUGCAAACAAAGUCGGCCCAACUAGCCUGGUCCCUUGCGACAAGCCUCCGUUCACUGUUUUCCAAGAAGAGCAUGAUUCUCCAAUCCUAACUCAUUGCUUCCUACCUGUGAGAAAGAAGUUUAUCUACUGAAUAGUAAUAGGGUUAACAUGAAGAUUUUCAAGCUCCUGAACAAUAAUAUUGUAGCUAACCAAGUCAAAGCCUUUCCUAAAAUCAGCAAAGAAACGUCUUAUCGCACAGUGACUGACAUAUAUCUAACCCAGCCAGAAUUUUGUGGAAAAGGUACAUCUUUCAAGUUUACUAAACACCAAUCUAGAAUGAAUUUUUCUCUUGUUGGAACAUCAGUAAUUUGGCGCAAGCCAGAUAGUCUUUUUUAAAAUAUGAUUCUUCUUCAAUCCAGUACCUCUAAGCCAAAAUCACCGGUAACCAUAACAAGAGCUUCUGGAUGUUUACAAAGAUAUGUGUCAACAUUAGAUUGAAUAUGUUCAAUCAAAUCAUUAUUCUCGGAGGCACUUGCUGAGGGGGGGGGGAGGGGAGGGGGGGG